CGGUCUUAGGGUUGGGUGUUAGCUGCGAAGGGGAGUCGUCUUCUUCGAACCAAACACUGGUCUGUUUCGAUUCGGCGACGAUGGCAGAUGCGUAUUGGAGGUACGGCGAAGCCCUGCAACAGGCGGCCGCAGCGGCGUCCAUGGUCGCUCCUUCCGCGGCGCUGAAGCGCCAGCGCACGGAUUACGCUGAUGUUCCUGGUGGUUCUGAAAUGCUUGGCUAUUACCCUCGUGAAGAUGACAGGGGCACUCAUCGUGUAAUCAGAGACACUGAAUCUAUUGGUGCAUCAUAUGACCGUUACUUGCGCAAUGGGGUUUCUGCAUACCCUGGCGGUGAACCUGUUAGGACCGUCAGUGGAGGCAUUAGUGGUCAUCCUGUUGAUGAUAGGCGUAUGCUAGCUGUUGGAGGCUUGGAUAGUCGGAGUGUGGGAUAUGGUGGACGUCCUGAACCACCACUUCCUCCUGAUGCCUCCAAUACUUUGUUUGUGGAGGGUGUCCCUGCAAAUUGUACUCGCAGGGAGGUGUCGCACAUUUUCCGUCCUUUUGUGGGUUUUCGUGAAGUGAGGCUUGUGAACAAGGAAUCUAGACAUCCUGAUGGAGAGCCACUUAUACUAUGCUUUGUUGAUUUUGCUACUCCAGCCCAAGCUGCAAUCUCUUUGGAAGCCUUGCAAGGUUAUAAAUUCGAUGAAAAUGAUCGUGAUUCAGCCAACUUGAGGCUGCAGUUUGCUCGCUUUCCUGGUCCGAGGCCUGGCGGGCCUCGUGGCAGGCGUUAAACGUGGGAUUUACGUUUCCAGGUUCUAUCGAUUGGGGAGGCUCGAUCGCUCAACGCUUAACUGUCCCUGUCUGGUUUCUGCCCCGUAGAACUAGCUAUAACAUGCUUAUUUGUGAACCUUUGCCGUGUAUUUUUCUUUUACGGACAGCCAAGUUUGUUUGGUAUAUGCACACUUCUAAAGUGAUGACUAGGAAGGCCUACGCCGUAUAAUCCUGCCUAUCGAAUAUCACUUUUUGUCAAGUUCCUGUUUAAAUUUUAGUACCGGUGACAUGGUAUUGUAUUGGUUAAGUCAACUCCCUGUUUUAUGUUUCUAGUUUUGCCUCUAUUACUAUUCAAUUUGUGUUA